CCAGAUGGAUUCAUCCCUGGAAACUGCUCUAUUAAGGAGAUCAAUGCCUUGGACUUAAUCAAAGGAAAACGAGAUUUUUGAUUUUUUUUCUUUUUCAUCUGUCGAUGGAUGGAAUUCUUUCCUGAACCGUGUCUGUGGAGAAUCUCUGCAUACCUGUUUGACAAGGAAAACUAUCUUCUGGGUCUUUUUAUGGACUGAAAGUUAUAUCUGAACUAUAUAAGGCCUAUAGCCUGCUAUAACUAUGGACCUCAUGACCUCCAGGGUUCAGUAAUGUUAGCUUUGAGCCACUUCAACUGCUCAGGCUCCCCGCUCCUCCCUUAUAUCUCUAAUGACAGUGGAGGGAAGGUGGAGGCCAAGGUGGCUGUUGAAGGGCUGUUACACCAUGGAAACCUCACCCUGUUGCAACCCACCACCAGUGGUGUUAUUGUUGUCAUAUUGUCCAUGACACUGGGUAUCAUCUCCAACAUUGUGGCCCUCUUCAUCCUGGUAAAUGCGUACUCCCUACAGCGCAGGCGCACCAAAGCCACAUUCCUACUUUUUGCCACAUCACUGGUGGUCACAGAUUUUAUCGGCCAUCUGAUCCCUGGUGCCCUGGUUCUCAGACUUUACCUCUCUGGAGGUGUGCACCCCGAGGACUUCAACUCUUCUGACAGGAUGUGUCAGUUCCUGGGUGGCUGCAUGGUGUUCUUUGGCCUGUGCCCACUCUUCAUGGGCUGUGCAAUGGCUGCUGAGCGCUGCCUUGGGGUCACUAAGCCACUGCUGCACUCAUCCCUGGUCACCAAAACCCGCACAAAGAUCUGUCUGUGUGUCAUCUGGCUGGCAGCUCUGUGUGUGGCCCUGCUCCCCUGCUUACAGCUGGGCUCUUAUACCUAUCAGGACCCAGGGACCUGGUGUUUCAUUAAAGUGCUCAGUGACACUGCAGAGUUAGAUGUGGCCUUUGUGGCUCUGUUCUCUGGACUAGGCUUGACCUCACUAACCGUGUCAUUAGUGUGUAACACCAUCAGUGGACUGACGCUGGUGCUCUAUCGGCUCAGGAGGCAACCCGGCUCCCACCACUCCGCAAAGUCCCACGACAUAGAGAUGGUGGUGCAGCUGGUUGGCAUUAUGGUCACUUCAUGUAUCUGCUGGAGCCCUCUGCUGAUCUUCGGCCUGAUGUGUGUGAUCCACUCCUACACACAAUCCAUAGGGGAGGACCUUACAGGCUAUAAGACUCUGCUGGUGAUGGGCGUGCGGCUGGCCACAUGGAACCAGAUCCUCGACCCCUGGGUCUACAUUCUGCUGCGUCGCACCGUCCUCCGCAAGAUCUACCUCAUUACUAAGUGCCAGUCCGGCCUUAGAGCUAAUAUGAUAAGCCGAUGGGAGCCGUCUUUUCACAGCUCAGAGAAGAAUGAAGUCAACCGAGUCUGAGUAGACAGAGAAACAGAUAAAGACAUUUGUUUAUGUACUCCGUCACCAGGUCAUUAAGAAUACAGAGACCUCAACAAAGAACUUUUUGAAGGAGAGAUUCACAUGGUGACAAGUGCAAGGAACUAACUUUGUGGCAGUUAUGGUGAAUAAAUGAACAAGUUUUACACAUUUCUUGGUCCAUUUAAGACUGGUCUAAAAAUGGGAGGCUAGCAAAUGCUAUGUUUUGCACAAAAUGUCAUCAUCUUUUACUGGUAAAGUGAACAUUCCUCAUUAUUAUUUUGUUGUUGGACACUUUUUGCCUCAGUUUUAUGAACGCAGUACUAGCUAGGCUCCGUCCAGACACAGAUACGUUUCUAGAAGUGAUAUUUAAAUGGUAAAUGGACUUGAGCUUGCAUAGCGCUUUUCUAGUUUCCUGAGUCCUCAAAGCGCUUUUGCACUGCAUGUUAACCUUCCCACUCACAUCCAUUGACACACAUUCACACACUGCUGGCAGAGGCUGCUAUGUACAGUGUCCAUCAGUAUUAACUAAUCCCAUUUAUACACAU